AAAGCGUUAUUAACAAUGAAAAUAAGAGUAUAUUUUAAACUAUUAAGUACUGGCUAGGGGGGGCAUCUUUUUUGACGCGAUUCUGUCAGGGAAUAAGAUGGUGCUAUAGUAGAGCGAGAUAUUCGUGGAGCUCGGCAGGGGAAGAAGGGCUCAUUAUAUAGAUGUGAUGUAAACACAUAAACUGCCAGUUUGUUGGCGUAGAUCGUUCCAAACCUGUCUUGAACUAGAUAUAAUCAGCGCUACAAUACCAUCACCAGCCAUGCGUUUCUCUAUUCUUGCCGUGACCUUGACCUACGCCUCCGCGGCGUCGGCAGCGAUAACAUGGACGUUGCAGAAAGCCUCCAACCCAACGGCCGACCAAUCCGAGGCGUACUCCCGCAUCGAAGCAGCCAUGAAGCUUGCCGUCGCGCGAUACUCCCGCUUCUCCAGCGCCACCAAGACGAUCCGAGUUUACUACUCUCCCGGCGUUCCCACCGCGGAAGCCAACUACAACGGGGACCUGCGAUUCGGCUCGGACCGGUCCUACAUGACCGAGCGCACGGCGAUGCACGAGAUAGCCCACACGCUCGGCGUCGGGCAGACCGCUGCCUUCGACCAGCACUGCGCGGCGAACAACUGGCCUAAAGCCACGCCUCUGCUUCGGUCGUGGGAUGGCCCUAAUGCCAAGAUAAACUGCGGCGGCGGCCACUUCUGGCCUUACGGUCUGAACUACGAGAGCGAGUGGAGUGAGACGAACGGGGACCGCCAUGUUCAACUGGUUAAUGCCAUGUUGGCUGAUGGAAUGUAAAGGGGGCUGGGGUUUUGAUCAUUGAUGGCGUGUAUAAAUACAACGUUCAAAACUACCUACCUACCUGACCUACUAGGUACUUAGUAGGUAGGUACUCUUCUGGAAUCGACAGUGAUAAAGAGUAUUUCCAUGGAGCAAUAGAUAUGUAUUUAGAAAAGGGGGCGAAAUUUACCAGAGAAAAGCGAUA